UCAUAGCUGGUGUAGACCAUUAAACAAUUUUUUUCAAUGGUUAGGGAACUUCAUUGCUGUCGGUUUUGAGGAUGAACCUUCCAUCGAGAUUUGGGACCUUGAUAUUGUUGAUGAAGUAAAGCCAUGUAUGGUUUUAGGAGGCUUUGCCAAGAAAAAGAAAAAAGGAAAGAAAUCCAAAAAGUUCAAGGAUGGCAGUCAUACUGAUUCAGUACUUUCUCUUGCUUGGAACAAGAAUAUACUUGCAAGUGCUAGUGCUGACAAGCGAGUGAAGCUCUGGGACGUGGCUACUGGGAGAUGUGACAUGACGAUGGAGCAUCACUCAGACAAGGUUCAAGCAGUUGCUUGGAAUCAUUAUGCACCACAAAUUCUUCUCAGUGGGUCUUUUGAUAAAACUGUAGUCAUGAAGGACGUAAGGAUGCCGUCACAUUCUGGCUUUAAGUGGUCAGUUCCAGCUGACGUAGAGAGCUUGGCGUGGGAUCCACAUGCUGAGCACUCAUUUGUGGUGAGUCUUGAUAACGGUAUUGUCAAGGGUAUCGAUGUUCGUGCUAUCCAAUCCAAUUCAACAUCUCAGUCAACUAUUUUCACUCUUCACGCGCAUGAUGAAGCUGUUACCUCAGUAUCCUAUAAUAUAUCAGCAGCUAAUCUUCUCGCCACUGCAUCCAUGGAUAAGACGGUAAAACUUUGGGAUUUGUCAAACCAACAACCGUCUCAUGUAACAUCCUAUGAUCCUAAGACAGGACCUGUCUUCUCUAUUUCUUUCUCAAAGGACGAUCCUUUCUUGUUGGCUAUAGGAGGCUACAAGGGAAAAUUGAAAGUCUGGAACACCUUACUGGAUGCCGGGGUCUCGCAAAUGGUGAAAAGAAAUAAAUAAUAAUGGUGGAAGGAAAUAAAUAAUGGGAUAAGGAUAUUUAGCAAGGAUUUAUGAUAGGAUAUUAUUUAGGAUUUAUUUAGAAUUUUAUUAAUUUAUUAUUAUGGCUGUAUUUUGUUUCUAGUAGGUUUUCUUUGGCUUUCUAAUUUGUCUUACUUGAUAUAUUUAAUUGUUUCCCAUUUUAUGAUUUCUUUUAUCUGAAAUUUAAGUUAGGUUUUAGCAGGGUUAUCAUUCCGCAAUGGUACUCCAAAUUUAAGUUGCACUUGUUGAGUA